AUGUCGAGGAGAGAGAAUUCUUUCAAGAGCAUCGCUCGUUGGAGCGUUGGAAUUAUUCUUCUACUUGUUACUGUGUUUCUCUGGACAACCUCCAACUUCCUUGCUAGCACGAUCUUCGCAGACAACACAUAUUCGAAACCUUACCUGGUAACAUAUUUCAACACAGCUCUGUUUUCUCUUGCGCUCGUUCCAAGCGCAAUCCGACACCUCCUGAAGACCCGCAGGUCGGGCAUUCCCAUUGAUUUAUCGAGCAUUUGGAGGAGGCGAUCAAGCGGCUAUGUUCCAGUCCACUCCUCUGGGCGUGGCUCUGUAGCAAAACCCGAUAACGUUGAAUCUAGACGGUCUGUAGAUUGUCAAGUUGGAGACUCCGAGUCGAUCGCCGCUUCAAGGAUAAGCCAAGAUGAUGUACCGCUCACCUUCAAAGAGACUGCGAAGCUCAGUCUCGAAUUCUGCAUAAUCUGGUUCGUAGCAAACUAUUUUACCUCGGCCUGCUUAGAAUACACCAGUGUGGCAAGCUCCACGAUUCUGUUGUCAACGAGCAGUAUCUGGACGUUGUUCUUUGGCUCUGUCCUUCGGGUUGAACAUUUUACCUUGAAGAAGUUCAUUGGAGUCUUGGCAUCCAUGGCUGGAGUCAUUCUAGUCUCAUCUGUUGAUCUCUCUGGGGAGACUGAUGAGAAUAGAGGUUCCUUCCCUCAUAAAUCAAAAGGUCAAAUAGCUCUCGGCGACACUUUAGCUUUCCUCAGCGCUGUCAUGUAUGGCCUUUAUACCGUCCUUUUAAAGAAGCGCAUCGGCAAUGAAAGCAGGGUUCAAAUGCCGCUAUUCUUUGGGCUCGUGGGGCUGUUCAACUUGCUGCUCCUGUGGCCGGGCUUUAUCAUUCUUCAUUUUACUGGAGUGGAGAGUUUCCAACUGCCUCCCACUGCUCGAAUUUUCUCCAUUGUGUUUUUCAACGGAUUAACUUCUGUGUUAUCUGACUUUACUUGGGCCUAUGCGAUGCUCUUGACUUCUCCCCUUAUCGUUACUGUGGGCCUCAGUCUUACUAUUCCGCUUUCCAUCGUGGGCCAGGUCAUCCUCAAUGAUCAAAGAUCGGGCCCAAUGUAUUGGCUCGGUGCCUGCGUCGUCUUCCUAUCGUUCGCUUUCAUCAACCAUGAGGAAAAGGAAGAUGUGCCCGCAUCUCGUGCCGCAGACAGAGACGUCGAUGAAGAACUGGCCAGGACGAUAGAGUAG